AUGGAGCAAUCUGGAAGCAACGGAAUGCCACUUGAGAAAGUUGAUGCGUUUGAUUUUGAGAUGCUCGGGCCCCUAGCUGAGGAACUAAGGCUUGAUUCGGGAAGCGAAAGUGAGGACGAAUUUAUGUCGGUGGAAGAGAUACACGCGGUCCUCGGAGGGUCGGAAGAUUUUGUCGAUGAGGAGGAGGAAAUACCAAAUUUGUAA